GUUAUCUGAGAUAACCUUUACUGUCAAUUAAAGAAAAACAAGAAAAAAGUAUAAAGCAAUUAUUUUGCUAUCUCAAUCAGAGAGACCAAAAAUGGCGGCGAUUUUGAACACUUUAAUGCUAUGCAUAUUUUGUGCGGCAUUUUCAACAGCAGUUUAUGUAGAUGGCUGGGGAAGCAGCUCUAGCUCAACAGCUCAUAGAAAUCCUCAAUCUGCCACUUGGGAAAAAAUAUUCGAAAGCAAUACCAGAUCAUCGGUACUUCCCUUGUUUAGACAUGAAAAUAAGUUAUAUUACAUGGGCGUACACUUUCGGGCAAGAUGGCAAAACGCUUUCCAAUUCUGCGAAUCACUUCAUAUGAAACUUCUAACAAUACAUUCAGACGAAGAAAACGAAAGAAUUCAUAAAUAUAUUAGAGACGCCAGCAAAGGUUCCGAAUACUGGAUCGGAGGUACCCGUUUGGUAGAUGGAUUCAGCUGGGUAUGGAUGCCAUACGGAUCGCAAAUCGACUACACUAAAUGGUCUAACGGUCAACCGAGUGACAUUAACGAAAAAUGUUUGCAGUUAUGGAUUACUGACAAUAAGUUAACAUGGAACGACCGUGACUGCAACGCUGAGUUCUACUUCAUCUGCGAAAGGUAUAUGGACUCAAAUAAUAGUGGACCUCCAGGAGCAUCACUUUAAUGGCUUAUAUUAAGUUGCUUUAAUUCUUUGUGUCAAUAAAAUACUGCGCAUAAUAUUAUGUUUUUAGUCUCUUUGUCGUAAUUUAUCUUAGAAAGGACAUUUUCUUUUGAAAGCCCUUUGUUAUACCUGCACAUGGGAUCGAACCCUUAGUGGCUAUGGUAAAAUACCACCAUAGUCACUGAAACUUCACACUAGGAGAUCUUGAUGUGAUGUAGUUUUCAUAAUAAGGCGGUUUGAAUAAAAACCUCUAAAUAUAAUAAAUAACCGUAUAUAGGAUGAUAAUUUAAAAGCUUUUCAUCGGCAACAUCUUCACAUCUGUAAGUAAUGUGAACAAUCGGAAAGAUAGGUCAUGUUUUUUAAGGGUCAGU